AUGCCGCAGAAAUUUUCCAUCUCCAUUAAUUUUCAAGCAGACUCAUCUAAUUUCUUAAUUCUGAUUCUACUGAAAACUGGUGGGCGCAUGAUCUACUGGGGACCACUCGGUCAAAAAUCUAUAGUGCGUGAUUACUUUUUGACUUACAUUGGUCGUAGAAAUAACAAAGAGCUUGUAAAGAGGCUGAGUUUCCCACCAUCUGGUUCAAAAGAUUUGCAUUUCCCCAUCCGGUUUUCACAGAAUGGCUGGGGCCAAUUCAAGACCUGCUUCUGGAAGCAGUACUGGUCGUAUUGGAGGAGUCCUUCAUACAAUUUGAUGCCUUCUCUGAACAUGCUUAUUGCUUCCUUUCUUUAUGGAUUGCUGUUCUGGGAUCAAGGGAAGAAACUAGAUAACCAGCAGAGCAUCUUCAGUGUAUUUGGUGCUAUGUACACUGCAGUAAUCGUUUGUGGCAUUAACAAUGCAUCUUCUGUUUUACCAUAUGUGACUACAGAGCGAUCAGUCUUGUACAGGGAAAGAUUUGCUGGGAUGUAUGCUCCAUGGGCAUAUGCAUUAGCACAGGUAUAUAUAAGACUAUCAAAUUGGCAUGACAUGUUGACUUGUUGAGAGUUGAGACUACAGGGAUUCAUAACACCACGCUGUACACUUCUCUUCAAUUUUCAUUUUUCCCUGUUAAUAUUGUAGUAUCUUUUCUGUAUUUCCAAGUUCAUGUUCCUUACAAGCUUUAACAGUUUAUUAUGUUAGGGGAUCCCACAUUGAUUCAUAGAACAAAUUAUUGUCUGAUCAUGAACAAUUCUCUCCUCAUAAGGCUUUUGGAGUUGAGUGAAGUCCAAGGUCCACUUGUUGAAUAUGGUAUCAGAGUUGCCCAUCCAAGUUGUUGUAUUGU